GACCGUGGUGCUGAUCGCCGCACGCUCGUUCAAGAGCAACACUGGCACGCACGAGCAUCAGGACGUGAACACCUCCUGAACUUGACGCUCUCUCACAACCUUCAGUUUCGUAGGGAAGCCUGAAAGAAUCGAGCAUGAACCUGAAGUGAGACGGAAGCAUUUUGGAAGUCGAAGAAUAGUCAGUAUUAAACCUGAUGCUGUCAUGGACGUUCCGGCACAUGUUUUAAUAGGAUUUGCGAACAUGAUGUCCAUCAUGAGAUUUUUACUGUAUUUCAUUUAAGAUGUUUUUAUUUGGAUGAAUUUAUAUUCAGAAUGUUGCUAUAAGCAAACCCGUUUAGAAGCAAAAGAAGAUAAAUAAAUCUAUUUGGAUUCUUGGACAUUUGAAGUGGAGAUAUGGCUCGCGUUCUUGUCCUUGUUAACUCAGUCGGACUGUUGCUCUUCGGUAGUGAAAUGUUUCUGGUGGGAGCAAACCGUCCACCUGCUCCAGUUAAUGUUUCAGUUAUGCACCUGAGAGCUGAUUCAGCAACCGUGUCCUGGGAGGUGCCUGAGGGUGACAUCAUCAUCGGCUUUUCCAUCUCUCAACAGAGAAUGGAUGGCAAAAUGCAGAGGUUUAUCAGAGAGGUGAACACCACUAGCAGAUCCUGUGUGCUGUGGGACCUGGAGGAGGAGACGGAUUACAUCAUCCAGGUGCAGUCCAUCGGCCUGUAUGGAGAGAGUAAGGCCAGCAAUCGUAUCCACUUCAGAACCCUGAAGAAAACGGACCGCUUUCCCUCAAACAGUUCAAACCAAGAUGACCCGACUGUCCAAGGCCUGGAUAAAGCUCGACACUUGCAGACAGGAGAGAUGAUCAUCAUUGUGGUGGUGCUUCUUAUGUGGGCAGCUGUAAUUGCCUUGUUUUGCCGGCAGUAUGACAUAAUAAAGGACAACGAUUCCAGCAACAGCAAAGAGAAGGUAAAACCAUCCUCAGAGAGAACCACACCAGAGCACCACAGCGGAGGUCUGCUGCGGAGCAAGUUCCACCAGUCUGUGUCAUCUAUCAGCAUCAUUGAGGUGUGAUGGGAGUGUUGGGGACCUCAGUCACGCUCUCCGUCGCACCACCCGCAGUAUCUGAAUGACAGUUUGUCGCCCUUUCAUCAACACACGGUCAAAAAUCCAUAAGCAACACUGCAGUAUUGGCCCACCCAUAAACACAUAUUAAAGCAAUCUAUUGGGAUUGUAAAUAACAUAUAUUGUGUAUAUGACUGGAUGUCUAUAUUUUACCAUGGAUGGAGAAUUCCCAAACCUCUUACUGCAAUAUAACAAGACUAAUUCUGGGAUUUUUUUCACUUGUAUAGGAAGGAAACUGUAUUUUUGUAAUGGCAUUGGUGAAGUAUGACAGGGUUUCUACAAUUUAUUUAGCUUGUGUUUUGUUUAUGAAUGCAACUUUCAUGAUCUGAUAGGACGUGUACAGAAGCAGGUCUUUAAAUUAAAGAAAUAGUAUACCCAAAAUAAAUACCCAAAAAUUAACCCAAGGUCUUGUAAGAUGCAGAUGAGUUGGUUUCUCUGUCAGAAAAAAAAAAAUAUCAACAUUAGAUCUCUUGCUCAUCAAUGGAUCCGAUGCAGUGAAUGGGUGCCAUCAGAAUGAGUCCAAACAGCUGAAAAAGCAUCACAAUAGUCUGCAAGUAACUCCAAUCCAUUAACUAACGUCUUUUUGAGUGUAUUUGUAUUAAACAAAAAAUAAAUAAGAGUCAUCUAUCCAUAAUAUUCCUUUUCAAUUUUUUUUGUCAUGCAGUUUUUUACUUAGACUGAAGAGUUGUGGAUUACUUGUGGAUUAUUGUGAUGUUUUUAUCAUCUGUUUGGACUCUGGCGGCACCCAUUCACUUCAAAGGAUCCACAGGUAAGCAAGUAAUGUAAUGCUACAUUUCUACAAAUCUGUUCAGUUGAAAACUCAUUUUGGAUGGAAUGAGGCUCAGUACAUUUUCAGCAAAUGUUAAUUUUUCAUCUGAACGUAUCCUUUAUGUUUGUGUUCUUAUUUUCAUUAGUUGGUAAGUGUGGUGGAAUUGUGUCUGUUCUGCUUGUUAGAGAGAGCAGACUUAUGCUAAAUCUCUCUACUUGCAAAUUGUUUAAUUUCUUCACCUUCCAUGACAGUUUUUAUGUAUCCUAAAUAUGACUACUAAUGUUUAUUUACCUAUUUAUCCAUUUUGUUUUACUAUAUAAUGAUCUUAAAACUUGCCAGAAUGAAUAAUGUACCUAAUGUGUAAAAAAUUUAUAUUGAAUUAUUGGUCGUUUUAAGAAUAUAAAGAUGCUAUAAACCUAACGAUGAAAAGUGCAUGGUUCUUUGAGUUAAUUUUUUUCUUCUAUUUCUCCAUAUCAGUUUUAAUAAAGAUAAUGAAUUACUGAUGUAAGUUAGUUUUUUCUUGCUUUCUUAUUGGCAUCAUAGCAUAUUUGGUGUAUGAGAGAAGUACUACAGUACACAGAAAGCCAACCUAAUGUUUGUUUCAACACGGACGUGCCAAUGAAGUGGGAACUAAUUUAUUGGUGCAUUCAACAACCAAACAAAAUACAUUAAGAAUCAUUAAUGUUGACAUAACUUUAGAGAAUUUAUCAAAUGAACAAUGUAUUCAAAAUGGAGACUUAAAUCUAUAAUCUUUGACUAUAAAAAUAUCCUAAUGGCACAAUUUGUUCAUUAACUUCUAAAAUCACAAGAUAUGAGACUAUUGUAUUUUUGAACAAAUAUUUUAUUAUAUAUUAUUAAAUAUCAACCAAUGUCUAUGUACUGUAUAUAUGCAAACGACCUCUUGAGCUCUGUUAUGGUUUCAUGAUGGUUUAAAUAAUAAAAAAUUUUAUGUGUACAAAGCCAAACAUAGAUUGCAUAGUUUUUCAUAAAGCACAAACUUCAAUUUCUUUCUAUAAAAAAAACAUUAUAAAAAUCACACACAAUAUGCUAUACUGAUUGAACAAUAUAUAAGAAAUCAUUUCAGACAUUAUGUAAAUU